AUGGUGCAACAUUAUACUCAAGAGAAUACACAAAAACAUCUAGUUGGGUGGAAUGGACAAAUGUUGGUUUGUUCAUGCAAACACUUUGAGUUUUGGGGGAUCAUUUGCCGCCAUAUAUUGAGUGUGUUCCUUCACCAAGAUGUGUUCACUAUUCCAUCUUCUUAUUUUCCAUUGCGUUGGCAUAGUAAGAUUGAAUCUGAUCAAGAUAUAGUGGAUUUGGUUGAUGAAACUACUGGAGAAAGUUAUGAGCAGCAGGACACUAAUUUAGCUCAAACUGUUCAUUGCCCUCCUAAAUCAAAGACCAAAGGACGUCCAAAGAGUAAAAGAGCAAAAAGAGGAAAAGAAAUGAAUAUGAAGCAAGUGAGAUCAUGCAGAUUUUGCAAACAACAAGGUCACAUGUCCGGAAAAGGAGAAAGAUGA